CACCGACCCAACUUUGGAUGCCAAGCAUCUAGCCAUGAUCAUUCCCCUCAGCCCAGCAUGGCUGAUCGACGCAGCCAGGCGCAGAGGGUGGUGGAGUAUCACCAGGCGCACAUUGCGGACCACCUCCUCCGUUGCGCCGGGGCAGGAAAUGAGAAGCCCUUCCGGCAUACGCUGUCCAACAGCGUCGAGCCGACGCGGCGGCCCUCGCCUUUCCAGCAGCAGCGUGAGUACCUGCUCAGCGGCGAGAAGCCCCGGCAUGGGAAGGAGGUGCAGCCAGUGCUGCGCCUGCGCCAGCCCCGAGGCGGCCGCAGUUGCACGCCCUCAAUCCUAGGUAGUGUGGCUGACGCAGGCGCUGCCGGCGCGACCGCGGCACGCAUCUCGCCCCGGCUGCCGCCUUUGGUCUACGAAGGCAUCGACAGCUCCCUGGCGGGCCAACGUUUGCCCGCCGCCUGGUUUGCGGAGCCGCCGCCAUUGGAGGCCGGGUGGGGCCUGGCUCCUGAGGCCCUCCGUCUAGCGAUCUAG